CGUCUGUGGUGCGAUAAAGACGAAACGAAAUCAAAGUCACGGAAGGGGAGUGUUUUUAAUUUCUAGUGAAUUACAGCCCCAACAUGAACCGCGGGCGAGCGGAGCCGACGCCGCCCGAGUGCGCGCUCGCAGCCGACAUGCUCAACCACUUCUGCGCGGCCGGCACCAUGAAACAAAUCCUCGCACUGCACAGGGAGAUGUGUAACACGCUCGGACUGAAGCCUAACAGAUUGCCGGACUUCUACCCCAAACUUAAGACAAAACUCAGCAGCUCAUGGAAAGCGCAAGCCCUGUUUAAGAAGUUCGACGCGCGGGCCAACCACAAGGUGUACGGCAAGGGGCGGAUAUGUGCACAGAACAAGGUGCUGAUCAUCGGCGCCGGGCCGUGCGGGCUGCGCGCCGCCGUCGAGUGCCAACUACUGGGGGCUAAAGUGGUGGUCGUCGAGAAACGAGACCGCAUGUCGCGCAACAACGUGCUGCACCUGUGGCCGUUCGUGAUCCACGACCUGCGGGCGCUGGCCGCCAAGAAGUUCUUCGGCAAGUUCUGCGCCGGCUCCAUCGACCACAUCAGCAUCAGGCAGCUGCAGUGCAUCCUGCUCAAGGUGGCGCUGUUGCUCGGCGUCGAGAUCCACGAGGGAGUCAGUUUCGAAGGCUUGCUCGAGCCCACAGUCACAGAGAAUUCUGAAACCCUGGGCUGGCGAGCGCGCGUGUCGCCGCCCGACCACCCGGUGUCCCAGUACGAGUUGGACGUGCUGCUCGGCGCGGACGGCAAGCGCAACACGCUGCACGGCUUCAAGCGGAAGGAGUUCCGCGGGAAACUCGCCAUGGCGAUCACCGCCAACUUCAUAAACAGGCACAGCGAACAGGAAGCAUCGGUCCCAGAAAUAAGCGGCGUAGCGUUCAUAUUCAAUCAGAAAUUCUUCAAAGAACUAUACGAGGUGACUGGCAUAGACCUCGAGAACAUCGUGUACUAUAAGGACGACACGCAUUACUUCGUGAUGACGGCUAAAAAACCCAGUCUGCUGGAUAAAGGAGUGCUGCUAAAUGAUUACGCCGAAGUCUCCCGCCUCCUUUCCUUCGAGAACGUUGACCGAGCGGCCCUCAUGCGAUACGCCCAAGAAGCGGCCCGCUUCUCAACCGAGGGCCGCUUGCCACUCUCCGAGUUCGCGCUUAACCACUACGGCGAGCCGGAUAUCGCGCUGUUUGACUUUACGUCGAUGUAUGCUGCUGAAAACGCUAGCAUGGUGUACGAGCGGCUCGGGCGGCGGCUGCUGUGCCAGCUGGUCGGCGACAGCCUGCUGGAGCCCUUCUGGCCGACGGGCUCGGGCUGCGCGCGCGGCUUCCUCUCCGCGCUGGACGCGGCGUGGGCCGUCCGCGCCUGGAGCGGCGCCCUACACCCCCUACACGUCAUAGCGGAGCGGGAGUCUGUCUAUAGACUGCUGGCUCAAACGACCCCCGAGAACCUGCACCGCGACUUUGGCGCGUACACCCUGGACCCGGGCACCCGGUACCGGAACCUGAACCGGACGGCCGUCGCCGCGCCCCGCGUCACGGGCUUCUACGACUCGGACGAGCCGCUGCCGCUCGACGCCGGCACGGCUCUGCGCAAGCGGCGCCGCGAAGCGGACGUGUCCGACGAAGUCCUACUGUCCUGGGCAGAGGUGACCGAAGGCGGGCUGCGGGCGGCAUGCGGCCCGGGCCCGCUGCUGGCCUUACUGGCCCGCUACCGACCCGACUUACUCGCUGACGAAACACCCCCUCAUGCAGUAUUACAACAGGAGUUCGGUAUCGCGCCGUUCUCCUCAACGGGCUCGACCCGAGACGUGGCCGAGGCGAAGCUCCGCUCAUACCUCAUGAGGGUGUACCACGCCUUCAAGGGCGAAGUGCCUCACGUGCACCACAAGAGCGACGAGUUCGGACAGAUCAAAAUCAGUCAGCAGAACGAGAAACACGCGCGAACAGCGAAUGACGCCAUAUCUGUGUACUCAAACGCAGCCGAGGCGGAAAAAUCGCACUCGUCGUACCGAAAGAAGCGGCGCGCUCUCCGCACCCCCCAAGUAAGUACCGACCCGGCCGAAUACAUCCGCAAGCAGAUAGGCAAACUCGACCUCAACGACAUAACACACCUAGCACGCCUCAUAGACGGCCACGACUCCGCGGACAUACAUGAAGACAAACAGAGAGAGCUGCACGAACAAAUACUAGCGCUCAUCGACCCCGAGGACACUCCAGAUCCUGCGCUAGUAAGACAAUCACUAGGGAAACUACUCGGCACCACUAAACCUAGAGUUAGCGAUAGCAAAUCUGUUGCUAGCUAUUUUAACAAAGAGGACAAGACACCUGUGAAACCGCCGCGGAGAUUAAAAGGUUUAGACGCGUCUACAGUCAAAGUCGUAGAUUUAUCAGAUUUAGACAACUCGGAAACAGAUGUAACUUUAGUUAAUGAUUUUAAAUUAGAUCACAGACCGAAAUUAGCGAAGCUGCGACAAGAAAAGUUUGUCAGAUCUGCGUCGAUAGAUACACCGAAACUUGGAACUAAGAAGUUCACGCGAUCGUUUUCAACAGAAUCUCCUAAAUGUAGAAGUUUAAAACAGCGAUCCAACUCUAUAGAUUCAUCUGAAAAUCUUCAGAACACUAAACGCAUAGCGCAGAUAUUCGAAGGGCACUCUAGAAGGAAUACUCCCAGUCCAGAGUCGAGGACUACACGCUCGAGCUCUAUAACCACCCCAGAGAUGCUUCUCCGCUGUCAACGCAUGGCUAAUAUGAUAGAAGGAAAACAGACUUUUAAUCCAGAGCGUUUGAAAUUGGAAUCUAUUGGAGAUUGCGAAAUGGCCGUUAGAAGGCAGAGAGUGCACGAUUUAAUACACGGACAGAAGCCGAAAGAGAGCGAAAGCGAUGAUUAUACUAAGAAAUCGUCGGAAAUGCAAGCUUUUCGUAUGCAGCGCGUGUCGGACAUGAUGCAGAAGAGAGCUGAGAAGAAGAAAAAUUGUGGUAGAAGGAAGGCGGCCAGAGUUAUAAUGAAGCAGCGAUUCGAGAAGAGUUUACAGAUGCUAGCGGCGGAACCGAAGUUGGACUUCGCUGGGGCGGACCUAGAGAACGACUAUGGGCUGCAGCAGUAUAGGGCGAGCGCGCCGCACUUCGACGAUCGAGUCAAGACGCUGGAGAAACAACUGCAGCAUUAUGAGGAGGGUCGCAUCGUGGGCGGCGGCGCGGGCGCGCGCACGGCGGGCAGCGGCGCGCGGGUCGCGAGGCUCGCGGCAGAACUUUCUGGAACGGCGCCUGUAAGCGCGCCGAAGGCGUCCAAACCUAAGGAUUUGAUGAGAUCCGUUGGCAAGAUAGAGCGAGACGACUGGAACGUGAGGGAGAUAGAACGCAAAAUACUAGAAAACAAGCUCGGCCGACCGGAGCCGAGGGCAGCCGAGCGCGUGCCGAAGUGGGAUAGGGAACAGUUCCUAGGCCGCCAGAAACGUCUUAAGGAGGGCGACAACGAGGAAAAGUGGGGUGAGAUAGACGAGACUCUGCAGAAGCUCGACCAGAAGCUCAAGGACUCUGGUCGCCCAGACCACGGCACUAAGAAGGUCGCCAACUUAGCUACCAGAUUUGUUAAAAGGGAAGAACCGGACGCUAAAAUUCGACCUAAAGAAGAGAAGAAGAGUUGGCGCGGCCCGUCGUCAGCGGGCGUGCAGUGCGCGGCGUGCGGCACGCGCGUGUUCGCCGCCGAGCGCGUGACGGCCGACGGCCUGCAACUGCACCGCGCGUGCUUCCGCUGCGCCGUGUGCAAGGCUGUGCUGCGGCCGGGGAGCUACUUGAUGGAGCGGUACGGCAGCCGCCUAGUGUGCCUCCGGCACUCGGGCGCGGCCCCCGAGCCCCCCACCCCCACCCCCGAGCGGAUCAGCAUCGAGCUGUCAGAUGGAGCGAGGGAGAUAGACGAGGACGAGUGGACCGACCGCAACUGUCUGCAGAGCGAGACGAGCGCCGCCCCCGGCCUGAGCGACGAAGACGAGUCAAGCUCAGACGAGUACACGGAUGCGGCGUCGGACCGGUCCGGCGAGUGCUCUCCGGACGCGUUACCGCACAUCCGUCCGGCGUUAUACUCGGACGACUCGUCCGGAUACGACGACCUAUCCACCGGGCCCGAGGGCGCCGCCGAGUCAUCGGGCGGCGAGUCGUGCUCGCGCAUGCGCCUGGCGCGCGAGGCGCGCCGCCGCGAGGUGCCCGCCGACGCGCGCCCCCCCACCGACAGCAGCGAGGUGGAGUCCUCGGCGAGCUCCUCCAGCGAGGAGGGCGUGUCGUCCGCCACCGAGGUGUCCACCGACAGCGAGUUCGCCGCCGAGGAGUCCACGCCCCACCCCACCCCGCCCGCCAUCCUCGUCACCGAACCGCCGCCCCCUCUAGAAUACCCUCUAAGCAAAACUAAAUCCGCCAGCGGACUCGCCACUAAACGAGCUCUAGAACUCAAAAGGAGAUACUUACUCGGAGAACCGUCCCCUCCCGCUGUCAGAAAGUCAGACUCCACCUCCCAACUCGACACCAAAUUUGAAGCCUUCAGAUCCACUAUAACGGAAUUCCAAAAAUUAUUACACCCCGCCACGACCACUCGAAGCCCGGUAGUCGCUUACCAGACGGAAGAUAAGGCUCAACCCAUGCCAGACAUCAUUAAAAAUCUCUGCGACGAUGCUCCCGUUGAUCUCUUGUCUAGAGAGGUCAAAAAAGAGUGGAGAGAAGAGACAAUUAAAGAGAAAGAAAAGGAAUUAGAUUCAGAUUCGUUGUCAGAUUCAUCGCACACGGAAACAGCCCCUAAAUCCGUGCCAAGAGUUGAAGUUCACGAUGAGGGCGGCGAGUUGAUACAGCUAGACAGUUUAACUAUAGUUAACAGUGAAGACACGGAGAAAGCGUCCGGCACAGCGACUGACACCGGCCCGACAGUCGUCGCGGCCGACUCGGAAUCUUCAGAAUCCUGUAAAGACGGAACUACGUUAGCUUUGACUGAAACUGAGCUGUCAGAUUGGGCUGCAGAAAGCGCUGUUUUAGACGUUCUAGAAGACAAUAAGAGAAAUAAACCAAGGAAACUGAGCGGUUUAAAAACGGUUCACGACGCUAAAAAUAUAUCAACGAUCUCUUCACACGUUUGCGGUAGAACUAGCCCAGAACCUGUGGUAUAUUCUAACGCUUUAGAGCAUUUUGAAUUCGCCGAUGAAGGUGAACAGGAUCCUUCUAUUGAGACCCCGGUGACACCCCGCAACCAAGGGUAUAUGGAAUUGGUAGAUGACUUUGAAUAUUCACCCAGCAAUGAUAGAUCAAUGAACUUCAUCGAGAGGAGUUUUGAAACGGUCUUCAAACCGACUUUGGCCGUGACCGAAGUUGUAGAAAUAGAACCUUUAGAGCCUAAGGUCGAAAUUACUGCCGAAGAGCGUAAACCUGAUAAAAGCGAAUUAGACGACAACAACGACUCUCUAUCUCCCGAUAUAAAGAUAGACUCCUUAUCUCUCUCAGACGUAUCGCCACCUUUAGAGACAAAAAAGGAAGAUUCCUUGUCUCCGCCGCUGGCGCCCGAAACUCCAAACGGACCCAUAUACAACUCCAGCAACUUCGCUCCAUGUUUAAGAGUGUACUCGCCGGCUAUCUGCAGAUCUGCGAGCGACAACAUCAACUUGUCCCACUCGACAAGUACGGAUUCGCCGUCUAGAAGCAUACAACUAUCAGUGUCGUUGAUGCUUAGCUCUGGUUCCGUGUCGCCAGUGAGUCCCACCCCUUUAAACACUACAGACAAAGUCCAAGAGAUAAAGAGGGAAAGAGAGGAACAGACAGAAGUGGUUAGAAGAUUAGUCUUAGAGCGGUUAGGGAGCGGGCCUAGAUUGAAUAGGAAAUCGACGAGGAGAACUAAAGUAUCGCCCUGUUCAAAUGUGCCUCCGCCUGUACCCCCGCCCCCUACCUUACCGACCCCGCCCCCUUUGCCGCCGCCCCCUGAGUUCCCGCCCCCGCCUCCCCGCCCCGCGCCCCCCUUAAUGCAAGUCACCCCCUCUUUCUCAGACCCGGAGCUGGCUAGAGAGAGACGGCGGAAGAGUAUUAUGAAAAGUAUAUCCAACUAUUUGAAUAGGAGACUCGGCCCGCGGCAGAAGUGGUACUCGGAGCCGGAUCUUACACUACAAGAUCCGCCACAGAGUUGCUACAGUGCCCACAAGUCGACGGGGGCGCUGCAGGAGCCGCCUCCCGUGCCGCCGCCCCCGGCGCGCUACUGUCCCCCCUGCCCGCUGCCAGACUCACCGCCCAUAACCAAACUAACAGCAGGGCCGUCUGACGUAGACGAGCGCGACGCAAUGCAGUUGUGGUUCGAGGCGCGGUGGGCGCGGCUGGUGGCGCAGCGCCGGGCCCGCGACCCGCGCCGCGACGGCCGGCUCGCGCGGCUGGAGCGGCGGCUGUCCCGCCCGCUGUCAGCGGAGCAACAGGCGGCGACGGUAGCCGAGCUGGUGCAGGUCUCGGCGCAGCGCGAGGCGCACCAGGCGCUGGCGGCCGCUGACAGGAGACGCAGCGCUGCGGGCAGUUGCGUUGGUGACUAAAGCGACCUCCCCCCUCCCCCCACCAUUUUACGUCACCUACCACCA